AUGCAUGACUCAUCGCCUGUGGAAUUGCCAACCGCUUUCAAUGUCUCCUAUUUUGCUCCCAACAUGACUCCCCAGCUCAGCCCCAAGCGGGGAUCCUCGUAUCCAAUUUCACCGAUGACCCCCGAGACAGAUUCGGAAUGGUCAUGGCCUGUGGGUCACCACCGCCGUCCGUCCUCACUUUCACUGGGGGCUUCAUCUUCAAUCGAUGAUAUCCUGACAAGCCGGACGUCGCACUUCCAUGAGACAUUUGAAAACGGAGAGGACACGCGUCGGGCUCGACAUGGAUCAGAAAUAUCCGAAUCGAGUGACGCUUCGAAUGACAAAGGGCGGGAGCGAAGGAGCGAGACGAUUCACGAGGAUCAUUAG